AUGCCUCUCAACGGCUGCAGGCCUGAGACCGACACAAUCGUGGAAAGUCAGCGCGAUGGUUGGACCAAGGGCUGCGCGGAUAACACCGCAACACAGGAAUGUGUGAACACGCUCCUUGCAAAUGUCUCGGUCGCAAAUGUAGGACCACCAGCAUCAAAGCUUACGGCGUGCUCCCCUGCACUUCAUGACGCCAAGAAACCCUCCCCAUUAGACAGAGGAUAUCUCUGCACAGAAACAAUCAAGGGCUCGGCGGAGGUGGGUAGAUGA